CAUUCAACCUAAUAAACAAGACCCGGAACUGGAAAUACCUUUGAGAAUGGGCUACUCAAGCAAGACUUUCCUAUUCCUAUGCCUAGUGGGGUUAACCCUUGCUCAUGUUUCUCUAGCUGAAAGCUCUGACGUCCAAGACUUUCUGGAUGCGCACAAUGCAGCUCGUGCAGAAGUGGGUGUCGGUCCAAUUUCUUGGAACAAGACCCUUGAAGCCUAUGCUCAAAAUUAUGCUAACCAGAGGAGGGACUGCGUGUUGGAGCAUUCAAACGGGCCGUACUCAGAGAACAUAUGUUCAGGCUGGAGUGGCUUUACAGCAUUAGAGGCUGUGAAGAUGUUUGUAGAUGAGAAGCAAUUCUAUGACUAUAAGAGCAACAAGUGUGUGAAGGAUGAGUGCAGGCACUACACUCAGGUUAUUUGGAAGGACACGACGAGUCUGGGCUGUGCCAAGGUAAGGUGUCAUAGUGGCGGAAUAUUUGUGACAUGUAACUAUUCUCCUCCGGGAAAUAACGACGGCGAACGCCCUUAUUAGGUCUUGUUUGGAUACACAAUAAUACUUGAAUUUCCCGCUGAUUAUGCUACCAAUCUACAAUAUAAGUUGAAUUGGUCAGUAUUCUCAAUGGCAUUCCUUUUCUUGAAUUGGGCAUUAUUCUAUACCCAAAUUUUUCAUAAUUUUUUUAUGUAGUCUUUUGUGAUCUCUAA